UUUCUCGACAUUCUACAGGGAACACUGGGCUUCACUUUCCCUGGAGUCAGCAUCCCAGGCUUGAAAGAGUUUCUUUUGAAUGUCCGACCCUCUCCCAAACCAGGAAUGGAAUUUUUCAAUAUGUUCUGGGAAGAACAUUUUGGUUGUAAGCUGGAGUUUGAAAGCCAAAGAGCCAAAGACUAUGAAGCAGAUGAUUUCAAUCCUGUAUGCACAGGGUCAGAGGAUUUGAGAAACACUGACAGCAGUUAUAGUGAUGUAUCUCAGGUUCGAAUAUCCUACAAUGUGUAUAAAGCUGUGUAUGCCGUUGCCCAUGCUCUGCACACUUUUUUGAACUGCGAUUCAGCAGGACCUAGCGGGGGAUUGUGUGAGAAACACAGCUCAUUUUCAAAUGGUCAGUUUCUUCAAUAUCUGAAGAUGGUCAAUUUUACCAACCAGUUUGAUGAUAAAGUAUACUUUGACUCCAAUGGAGAGCCAGUCCCGCUUUAUGACAUUAUUAACUGGCAGAAGGACAGCAAGGAUAAAAUCAGAUUUAUCAAAGUUGGAACAUAUGAUGGUUCAGCACCACAGAGAGAGCAGUUGCAAAUAAAAAAGAACACCAUUGUAUGGACAAAAGGACAGUUACAGGUUCCUGUAUCUCAGUGUAGUGCUCCAUGUCCCCCUGGCAGCAGGCAGGCCACACGCCAAGGAGAGCCCAAAUGCUGCUUUGAUUGUUUGCCCUGUGCAGAUGGAGAGAUCAGCAACCAGACUGGUUCCACUGAGUGCACAAAAUGCCCUGAGUACUUCUGGUCAGACAAAGAAAAAGUGAAAUGUGUUGCAGGGGAAGAAGAAUUCCUCUCUUUCUAUGACACCAUGGGAAUCAUCCUGGUUGCACUCACCCUGUUGGGAUUCUUACUGACCACCAUCAUCACCAUUGUGUUUCACAGUUUCCGCUUUACACCCAUCGUCAAGGCCAACAAUUCAGAAAUAAGUUUCUUGCUUCUCCUGUCACUCAAGCUCUGUUUCCUGUGUUCUCUGGUGUUCAUUGGUCAGCCAUCUUGGUGGACAUGUAGGCUCCGCCAGGCAGCAUUUGGGAUCAGCUUUGUCCUGUGUUUGUCCUGCCUCCUUGUUAAGACCAUUGUGGUCCUCCUGGCUUUCCGGACUAAUGUACCUGGUUCCAGGGGUCGGAAGCUGUUUGGUACAUCCCAGCAGAGGAUUCUGAUCAUCUGUGCGACAGCUCCUCAG